AUGGUACCGAGGCACGACAGAAGGUGCCGAGGGACGCUCGGGCAGGCUGUGGAGUGCGAGGCAGCGUCCAGGUCUCACCUGCCUUUCCAGCCGACCCCCAAGCAGGCAGCCACGCGGGAGAUGCAGGCGCAGACGGCAGAGACUUCCAUGUGGGCGGCGGUGUCUGCGAUCCAGGCUGUGGACAAGACGGUGGACACUCACACCGUGCGCCUGCAGCACCUGGAGGGCAGGAUGGGGUCGGCGGAGAAGAAGCUGAUUGGCUGCGAGAGGGCCGCGGCCGAAAUGGUGAACCAGCUGGAGAGCAAAUGGGCAGCCUUGGGGACCCUGGUGGAGGAGUACGGGCAGCUCCAGAGGAGGCUGGAGAACGUGGAGAAUCUGCUCCGGAACCGGAACUUCUGGAUCCUGAGGUUCCCGCCAAGCACCAGAGGAGAAAUGCCCAAGGAAUGGGGUGACCUGGAUGAGCAGCAGAAGGACCUUUACAAGAGCGUCAUGAAGAGCAACUUUGAGACUUUGGUUUCGCUGGAUUACGCCAUCGCCAAGCCCGAAAUCCUGUCCAAGAUAGAGCAAGGACAGGAAGUAUGUGCGAGAGGCCCUGGCAUUUCAGGUGGGAGCAGUGCCCCACCGGACCUCGGCACAGACUCCCCAGUGGCUCCAGUGGACGUUUCUUCGUGGCUUAAGCAAGAGGUGGAGGAGCGACCAGGCGGGAUCGCUGGGCCCCCCGAGGAGGCAAGAGAGUCCAGCAGUGGUUCCCACACAGGUGCCUCGAUUGCUGCAGUGGGCACUUCCCCGUGGAUUAAAGAAGAGGUGGAGGAGGUGUGCUUUGACCCGGGGGCCUGCAGCGAAAGAGCUCUCCACUGCAGCUCUUCCCUGGAAUAUCAAGUCGUCACGGUGGAAGACGGGCCUGUAGCUGGACCACAGGAAAGCCCCUACAUCCAGGAGCCACGGUUCCUUGGGGAAGGCCCCAGCACCGCCAUAGAUACAGUGGUUGGGGGCUACUGGAACGGUCCGAGGGCCAUGAAGGUUGAAGAGGAGUGGGAUACUGAAGUCAUGGAUAACAUCAGUGGCGACAGAGGAGCCUUGCCCACUUUCCAGCCCACUUUCCAGUUCAUGCCCUACCAGGACCAGGAGUCUUUGAGAAUGGCAAAGCGAAAAGCCGAUGAUCAACAGUUCAGUGGAUUCACAAAGAAAAAACGUAAUAGUUUCAAGAGUGAAUGGUUGACGGAGUUUCCCAUUAAAACUAUGAUGCCACACGUCAGUGGACGUAUAAGCGUGCAACUAAAAGAGAUUUUUGAAUAUCGUGAAACAGAUGACGUAGUAGUCUGCAAAAUAUGUCUUGAAGGAGAAGUGGACGGGAAUUGGAGCACCGGAAAGAAAUGGGAUGAGUGGAAAAUAGAUUAUCUUAAGCGUCACGUGAAUCACAAAUGUCACUUGGAUGCGGUAACAAAACUUCAGAAUCAGAAUCAGAACCGUGGAUUGCUACAGAAUUUCUUAAAAGAAACCCCUGAAGAUCAGACCGUGAACACCAGAAUUGAAUAUACAAAUGAAGAUAAGUGGUCAGGUUCAGAAGAGGUCAAGAUUUUAAUUGACAAUGUGCUACUUGCAGUUAAGUUGAACGUUUCCAUGCUAUCUGUGCAGGAAAUUCAUGACCACAUGGCAAAAUACGUUAAAAUUCCUGCUAGCUGGAGAAGCAAAAACUACGCCUUUGAAUUCAUUGGAUGCAUAAAUAGUGUUGUUAAAAGUGAAAUUUUAAAUGACAUCCGGGAAUCUCCUUUCCAUACCCUCAUAAUUGAUGGAAGUACCGAAAUUACUGUGUCAAAGAUGCUUAUCAUGUACAUCAAAUUCCGAAAAACUGGUGGUGAUCAUAAAACUGUUUUUGCUGGCAUUGUGAAACUGGCUGCUUGCAACAGUGCUGCCAUAGUUGAUUCUAUAAGGAAGUUUUAUGAUGAAAAUCAUUUGGACAUGAAUCGAAUGGUCAUGUUUACAUCAGAUGGUGCCUCCGUCAUGCUUGGAAAGCGGAAUGGUGUCGCUGCACUUCUGCGUGAAUCGAUUCCUCAUCUGCUAGAGCAGCACUGCGUAGUUCAUCGAGAAGAUUUAGGAAUAGAUGAUGCCUGGAAAACAAUUCCAUUCAUUAAGAAGGUUGAAACACUAAUACGCACUGUUUAUACCGUCUUCAGUAGAUCGAGUGUACGGAAAGCCAAACUGGAAGAAAUCACCAACGCGACAAACAGAGACGUCGUUUCAUUUAGACCACUGAACGAAAUAAGGUGGCUCUCUAGGCACUUUGCCGUAAGUGCCUUGGUUAAGAAUUACGACAUUUUAAUUGAAUAUUGCAAAGAACAAGUAGAAGAAGAUAAUGACCCGGUGCACAAAUACUGCCUUGCAAAACUAAGUGAACCUCAAUACAAGGUGGCAUUGUUUAUCCUUUGUGAUGUUCUCGGUGAUUUAGCGGAACUCUGCAGAAUUCUUCAGAAGAGCCCUUUGACCACUGUGGAAGCAUUUCAGUUCACGAAAGAAAAAAUCAGGAAAAUUAGAUCUCAGUAUCUGGGAGACAAAGUCUAUUUCAGUGAAACUGUACGACAUCUAAUUUCGUCUUACAAAUCUCCAGUGAAUAUCGAUGCCAUUCUCUGUUUUAUUAGGCAAACUUGUGACCACAUGGAUAGAAGGUUUCCAGAGAAUGAAUUGGAGGAUUGGAGUGUAUUUGACAACGACUAUUUAUCAGACCCCUCCAACCUGGAUGACUUUUUCUUUGGGAAUCAAGAGCUUUCAAGACUAGCUAAGUGUUACUGCGUUUUGUUCCAGAAAGAUGAACAGUCGUACGAUAAGGAACUUCAUAAAGAAUAUUCAGACUUCAAAUUAAUCAUUGCAGAGAAGAUAAAAGCAGGAGCAACGAAAACCUUCCAGGACAUGCUAACGUUUACACGGCAGCAAGAACAAUUCAGUGAACUAAAUCUCCUCCUAGAGGUUUGUGGUACUUUUCAAGCCUCAAGUGCUGACUGCGAGAGAGGUUUUAGCUUGAUGAAUGCCAUUAAAACGAAGAACAGAAAUCGGCUAGAUACAGAUCACCUGGAGAACUUACUGAGAAUUAAGCUGCACAUGUCCAAUGGGAAUAAUAUUAAUAUUGACAGUGUUUACCAUUUCUGGAGAGCACAGAAAGGAAGAAGAGAGAAGCUGAAUUAAAACAUUUCCUGUAAUGAAAUUUGACUUGGUUCUGUUUUCACUUAUGUCCAAAUCGUUCUUAAAAUAUCGUCUAAAAGAAUUCAUUCCGAAUUUUUUUUUUUACAAGGUUAUGGUAAUAAUCUUCUAAAAAACUAAUUUACGAAGAGUCAAAGGUAGGCUUGCUCACAACUUUAAUGCUCGUGGGUCUUUUGGCUCAUGAAGUACAGUUUUUGCUCACAACACAGCUUAGAGGGAACAUUGAUGGCUCCCCACUUACUUGACUUUCUACGGACAGUGACCUUGGGUGCCUCAACCGUUGGUCUUCCUGCAAUGCAUAAAUGUGUAUUCACGGUCUAGCUUUGUGUUCUGCAUCAUAGGAGUUGUCUGUGUGUUAAAAAAAUGAAGACGCCAAACGACAGUGCCCAUUAGUGAUAUCUGUUACAUUGUACCAUGACACUACUGUUUGUUGAAAACUGGCCGCUUGUUAACAUAUGGAUUAGGGUUACUUUUGCCGGCAUUACUCACCACAGCGUAAAGUGGGAUGUUGGCAGAAAUCUUAAUAAAGGAUUUUGUUCGAACAAGUGACACGUACAGUUAUUCAUUGCCGAGAGCGACUCCACUCCACUCACUGUUCACUUAAUGCUCAGGCACUGUUGGCCUCCAGUUAUUGACAGACCAAGCCUUGGGAUAGAACAUUCCUCCCUCCCUGUAUAAUGCUUGAUCC